AUGGCAUCCCAAGCCGUCGAGAGCCAUCGUGUCGGCGCGGAGAUAUUCCGCGGCGACGACGCCAUGUGCAAGAAGAAGUCGGUGGAGGUGCUGGAGGAACUGGGCCUCCCCACGGGCCUGCUGCCCCUGGAGGAGAUGGAGGAGUUCGGGUACAACCGCGCCGCCGGCUUCAUGUGGCUGGUGCAGAGGAAGAAGACGGAGCACACCUUCAAGAAGGUGAAGCAGACCGUGUCGUACGCCGGCGAGGUGACGGCCUUCGUCGAGCCGGGGAAGCUGAGGAAGAUCGCCGGCGUGAAGACCAAGAAGCUGUUCCUGUGGCUGAGCGUGGUGGAGCAGUAUGUUGAGAGCGUGGCGGCCCCUGGUAAGGUCACCUUCAAGACCGGCACUGGUCUGUCUGAGACCUUUGAUGCUGCUGCGUUUGCCCUUGGAGAAUGA